CCUCGCCUUUUUCACUUCUCUCUUCUCCCACUUCCCCCCUCCUCUCCUCCGGCGUGCGGAAAAUUCGAGACCCCGAAAUUCCGGCAAUUUCAAACGCGCCCCCUCGCCGCCGGCGAGCCCCAGCGCGAUCCUGAGCCCCGGCGGUCCGUCGCCGGAGGUGUUAGCCUCGUGAGGUGGCUCUCGCCGUCGCCGGCGAGCGGCGUAGGCGGAGGCGGCGGCGAUGGGGAACUCUCUGGGGUGCUCCGCCUCCGGGGAGAGGCUGGUGUCGGCGGCGCGGGACGGGGACGCGGUGGAGGCGCGGAUGCUGCUGGAGCUCAGCCCGGCGCUGGCGCGGUACUCCACCUUCGGCGGCCUCAACUCCCCGCUCCACUUCGCCGCCGCUAAGGGCCACCUCGACAUUGUGACGCUGUUGCUGGAGAAGGGCGCGGAUGUGAACGUACGGAACUACUGCGGGCAGACUGCGUUGAUGCACGCAUGCCGGCAUGGCCACUGGGAGGUGGUUCAGAUGCUUCUGCUCUUCAGAUGCAAUGUUACCAGGGCGGAUUACUUGAGUGGCCGAACAGCAUUGCAUUUCGCAGCACAUGAUGGACUUGUUCGGUGCGUUCGUCUUUUACUCGCGGACUUUGUCCCAAGUGCUCCCUUAGAGGAUGGUGCUUCUUCGACGGUGGAUGGUGGUGAAUGUCAGACGAAUAGUGGGAGCAGUCCUUGUUCUUCUUUGGGACUGAAAUUUAAUGAAUCUGCUCGUUUGAGAUAUAUCAACAAACCUGCUGAUGGCGGUGUUACAGCACUUCAUAUGGCAGCUUUGAAUGGUCAUUUUGAUUGCAUGCAAUUGUUGAUUGACUUGGGUGCUAAUGUGUCAGCUGUCACAUUCCCGUAUGGCACUACAGCAAAUUUGAUAGGAGCUGGCAGUACUCCUUUGCAUUAUGCAGCUGGUGGAGGAAAUGCUGAGUGUUGCCAGCUACUUCUGUCAAAAGGCGCUAGCAAGUUGACACUGAACUGUAAUGGGUGGCUUCCCAUUGAUGUUGCUAGGAUGUUUGGACGCCGUUUCUUGGAGCCAUUACUUUCUCCAAACUCAAACUCGAGUAUCCCUGCAUAUCAACCAUCUAAUUAUCUUGCCUUGCCAUUCAUGAGCAUACUUAAUAUAGCUAGAGAAUUUGGGUUGCUGCACACCGUAGCCUCUGUGGAUGAUAGUGAUCUUUGUGCAGUUUGCCUUGAAAGGUCUUGUUCAGUAGCUGCUGAAGGUUGUUGUCAUGAGUUCUGCAUCAAAUGUGCUCUUUAUCUUUGCUCAACGAGCAAUACCCGUGUUGAGUUCACUGGCCCACCUGGAUCGAUUCCGUGCCCUCUUUGUCGGAAUGGAAUAAUGUCAUUUACCAAGUUGCCAAGCACGCCAACAGAAGGGCUUAAAUCUAGCUCAGCACUCACGUUCUGUAAUCCAUGCAUGCUAAACACCCGAUCUGUAGACUCACCAGCAACUAUCAGCAAAGCAGAAAUAAGGCGCAACCGUGUUGCAGCUGUCUCUUCAGAGCUAGUCUGCCCACUAACCUGCAGCCCAUUUCCAUCGUCUGCCCUCCCGACCUGCAGGUGCAGUGACGAUGAUCCAUGUGAUGCCAUAGAAACACAGGAUGGUUCCGAGGUGCAAUCUCCUCAGCCAUCGCACUGCGCAAGCAUGGAGAUGGACAAGAGGGAACAGCAGGAUCUUGACCGGACUAGCUGCUCAGGCAUGUUCUGGAGCCGAAGAAGCUGCCACAGGGAGGAGCAGUGUAAUGCAGAGAUCAAUGCUUGAUUGUUUCUUCUUUCUGGUUGUUAAUAUAUCUGGAUUCAUAGCAGCUCAAUGUGGGAGAUGAGCAGCGGUUAUUUUUUUUGCCUCCCCAGCUGUGUUUCUUUCCCCUAUUUGCAGCCAAGAUUUUCUUGAUUGGUGAAGUGAAUCCUGCAGCUUUUGGCUGCUGUAGUUUUUACUGUAUUGUAGCAUUUUGGUUACAAAUGUGUGUCGUCCCUGUGAUCCUAGAUAGCCCCAAAAUCACCAGUUACUCCUCUUUGUAGCUGUAUGUAAAUUGCAGGAGUUGGUUGGGAUUUGUUUUCUGGUAAAGAUGUUGAGAAUCUAUGUACAAUGGCAUCAGUCAUUUGCCCUCUUAAAUCUUAAUGAUAAUACUAUAUAGAUCAUCCAUAA